UCCAUAUAAUAGUGAAGAGCUACACCAAUCACCCAAAUAAUAUACAUAAUAAAUAAAUAAAAUUAAUUGAUAAAAAAAAAAGAGGGGGGAGGGGCUAGAUGUCUAGUUCACUCUACCAUUUGUAAUGACAUGGUAGAAAUUCCUCCAUUUCUCCAAAAGUAACAAUGGAACAAAUAAACUUAGCCAAAUCUCAAAAUCGUAGCCUCAACAAAAAAAGCGUUUUCCAAAUAACACUUCCAAUAAUCUUAUUUACUAUAAUAACCUUACAAUUAGUCAAAAAUAUUUCCAUCAAAAGACCUUCACAUCCAAUCAUUUCAACUUCUUCAUACAUAAAAGAUCAUGAUGAAGUUAUUGGAGCUCCACCGACGGAAACCGGUAUACGAAAAUGCGAUCUUUAUUCGGGCGAAUGGAUCCCAAAUAUGGAAGCUCCAUAUUACACAAAUGAUACUUGUUGGGUGAUCCAAGAGCAUCAAAAUUGUAUGAAGUAUGGUAGACCCGAUACCGAGUUCAUGAAGUGGAGGUGGAAGCCUAAUGAUUGCGAGUUGCCCGUUUUUGACCCGAAUCGGUUUUUUGAGAUGGUUAGGGGAAAGUCUAUGGCUUUUGUUGGUGAUUCUGUGGCUAGGAAUCAAAUGCAAUCCUUGAUUUGCCUCUUGUCCCGGGUUGAACACCCUUUAGAUGUAUCAACUAGCAAAGAUGAUAACUUCAAACGUUGGUACUAUCAAUCAUACAACUUCACACUAGUUAUAUUAUGGAGUCCAUUCCUGGUAAAAACACUGGAAAAUGACCCAAAUGGUCGAACGGGGAAGACCUUCUGGGGACUCCAUCUCGACGAGGCUGAUGACGUAUGGAAGGAUGAGAUUGAUAAGUAUGAGUAUGUCAUGGUAUCUGCAGGGCAAUGGUUCUUCCGGCCUCUUAUAUACUACGAAAAAGGACAAUUUAUGGGUUGCCGUUAUUGCGAGAUCGACAACCUAACGGAGUAUUCCCUUUUGCAUGGAUACCGAAGCGCGUUCCGGACAGCAUUCCGGGCCAUUUUGGAGAGGGAAAGUUUCAAGGGUAAGGUGUACAUGAGGACUUUUGUCCCUGCUCACUUUGAAGGGGGUGAGUGGGACAAUGGUGGAGAUUGCACAAGGAAAAGGCCGUAUAAGAGCAAUGAGGUUCAUUUAGAAGGAGAAACUUUGGAUCUGUACACGGCCCAAAUGGAAGAGUUCAAUGAGGCCCAAAGAUUGGCCCAACAGCGUGGGCGGAGUUUUCAACUCCUUGAUAUGACCCGGAUUAUGUUGAUGAGGCCCGAUGGACACCCGAGUACGUAUGGGCGUCCGGCCAAUCUUACAUGGCCUAGCGAUUGUGUCCACUGGUGCUUGCCAGGGCCUAUUGAUAGUUGGAGUGAUUUUUUGCUUGAGAUGUUAGGCUGAACUCUCAAGGGAUGAGAUUCAGCAGAAACUGAAGAAUAUAGUGUUUUCUAAUACUCGAGGUUUUGGCAAUUGCUAGAAUAUUUUUUACGGUUUUUUCAUGAAAUGCCCCUGAGAUUUCACGAAAUUCACCAAAUACCCCUGCGUGUUUCAAAAUACAUAAUAUACCCCUAUUUUUUUCGUACUGUUCACCAAAUACCCCUAUUUUGACUUUCUGUUAGUCUUCCAUUAAGUCAUGUUUAUAAUUCACCAAAUGCACCUAUUUAUAAACUUUAUGCACAAUA